UAUACAUUGAACAUCAACAAAAACGUAAUUAUGCGUAGGAAGAAAUUUAGACCAUGUCAUCUCAACUAUGCUGAUGAGCGUCUGUGGGACCUAUCUUAUUUAAGGGCCAAAUGCAAGGAGCUUAACUUGGAGGAGGAAUAUGAAAUCUAUCAAACCCGUCUGAUGAUCAGUUUCCUUUCCAUUUUCUUCAUUUUGUUUAUAUUUGUUACCAUUUGCUUUUUAUCAGCGGAAAUUAUUUUUGUUGAGCAUUUAGAAAUGAUCAUAUCUGACUUAGUGGUCCCAAAGCUAGCAGUUUUCGUGGCACUAGUUUCUUUGAGCCUCAAUUUCUUUGACAACAUUGUAAAACGGCACCCGUGGGUCAUGAUUGCCACCUCGAUUUUGGCAGCAUAUGUUGUGGUAUUAACAGAUUUAGCUCAAAACGCGUAUAAUUAUUACGUCAAGGACUAUCCCCUGAAUGCCACAUUCGAUGUCUUUGUACUCUGCAUGAUUUACAUGUUCCUGCCGAUACAUUCAAUAAGGGCAGCCGCCCUACUGGCCACCUCAGUUAGCCUCACAUACGUGUUCUACUAUAUGAACUCACUACGGUAUGAGCAGGAAUUCGAAGGAAACUUAGAAGGAUUCGACGCGUUAAUAGUUGAUAUUUUACACAACGUGGGCUUUAAUAUGAUGGGCAUAUUCUUUCGCAUUAUGAAUGAAACUAUGGUUCGAGCCUCCUUCCUGGACCGCCAUCAGUUCAUCAUGGAGGAGUUGUGGUUGCGCAACGCUCUUCAUCAGGAAUCUACACUCUUGGACAGCAUUCUGCCGCCUCAGAUUGCGAAGCCCAUCCAGGAUAUCAUUAAGAACAAGAUUUCGCGGUCUGAGAACACGUAUGACCGCUACCUUGUGGGUGUCCCACGCAAGGGAGAAAGCUUCAUGGCCAUUCAAAUCCAUCCCGAUGUCAGCAUUCUCUACGCAGAUGUGGUGAACUAUACCCACUUGACAACGACACUGACGGUGGUGGACCUGGUGAAGGUCCUGCACGAUCUAUAUGCCAGAUUCGAUGUGGCAGCCUCUGCUUUCAAGGUGCAGCGCAUCAAAUUUCUGGGAGACUGCUACUAUUGUGUGGCAGGUUUAGUGAGGCCCGAUCCAGAUCACGCGAAAUGUGCAGUUUCUUUGGGCAUUUCUAUGAUUGCCGACAUCCAGGAAGUUCGGGCUGAACGGAACUUGGAUAUCGACAUGCGCAUAGGGGUACAUUCAGGGUCUCUUCUUGCAGGCGUCAUCGGCGAGGCCAAGCUGCAGUUUGACAUAUGGGGUAGUGACGUCGAGGUCGCCAAUCAUCUGGAGUCUACAGGAAAACCGGGCUAUGUUCAUGUUAGUGGACGGACUUUGAACAAACUAAACCCAGAAGAAUAUUCCAUAAUUCCGGGUACACAAAAAGCCAAAGAUGAUCCGCUUCUAGCUGGUAUGAGCACAUAUCUUCUUACUGCCGAAACCAAGCGCAACUCAUACCAAUCCGUGGAAGGAGUUGUAUCUGGAUCGAGCAUUGAUAUAAGGCCAAUCAAUACAGUUCGCUCGACCAGGGGGAGUCACACAUCAAUGACCGAACAGUUGCGCCAAGAAUUCCGGAAUAUGCCAGUUGGUGGCAUUGACUUUCAUAAGCAUUGCUUCAGCCGAAAAAAGAAAGAAAAAACUAAUACAACCCGCAGCGGAAUUGGAAUUUUCUGUGCAGGAUUUAAAGAUUCGUCUCUGGAAUGGAAUUAUUUGCACCAGCCGGACUUUAUGUUUAAGUCAUCAAUGCUGCUAGCCUGGGGCAUUGGUUGCUGCCUGAUCUACAUCCAGAUUGCGGCAAAUAACUUUGCAUGCGUCUCAUGCAUUGUGGUAGAUUUGAUAACGUUUUUCUUUCUGACUUCCCUGCUGUGCCUUGCGUGGUAUAAGAACUUUUGCUGGUGGAAAUGUGGACGAUAUGAGUUCAAAGUGUACGGCAGAUUCAGCUGCUUGGCCUUCCACCUGUUCGAGAAGAUCCAGCACAGCGUCUCUAUGCGCAUUACCGUCUAUUUGUUAAUUAUUAUUUGCUACUAUGCCGUGCUCUCACUAAUAAUGUUAAACUGCGAUCGCGCACAGUAUGAGUUGAACUACAUAGAGAGCAAGCUUUUUCGGUACGAGAUGGAUCAGGGCCCGUGCUUCCAUCCUUGGGUCUUCACGAAUAUGGUAUCCCUGAUCCUUGGCAUAAGUUACACGUUUGCACGCAUCCCCUUUGCCCUGAAGAUAUUUAUCAGCUGCUGCGAAACCAUCGCCUACGUGCUAAUCGUCUUUUUCGAGUUCGCUUUUCUUUUUCAGCACAGUCCUACCACUACGCCGUAUAUGAAAGCGGAAGUAGCCCACUGUCUGCGGGUGAGCAUGAUGUUGAUCACUAUGUAUGCGAAGGAACGUCAGUCAGAGUUCAACACAAAGAUGAACUACAAACUCAAUGUGGAUCUGCAAAACAAGCAAAAGGCCGCGGAUAUAGCAAAUCAAUCCGUUAUAAUUCUGCUGAAUAACAUUCUUCCAGCUCAUGUUGUCGACCUCUAUAUCAAUUCUUUAGCCAAACACGAACUUUACUAUGAAAGUUAUAAAAUGGUAUCAGUCAUGUUCGCCAUGCUCAUCAAUUUUCCAAUGAAUUUGCCCAGCCUACGCGUGCUUAAUGAUAUAAUAACUGAGUUCGAUAGACUGUUGACUGCCUACAGAGAAUAUUACGUAGUUGAGAAAAUCAAAGUAGUUGGCUGCACUUAUAUGGCAGCUUGCGGAUUGGAUUUUAACUUGGCCUCAAGCAUCCGCCAGAACACCAGUCACUAUCGGAACAAUUCUCUACAUUUCGAGGUGGAACAGGCACGCAGUUACAGAUUGACUGAUGACGCGAAACUCGAUCACGAUAUCGAUAUGAACAACGAUGAGGUGGUGUUCAUAAUGACUACGUUUGCUCUGGACCUUAUGCGUGUUAUGUCAGCGUGUAACAAAGCCUACUCGAAUUUUUUCGACGGUGUCCUAUCCAGCGGACAGAUCUGCAUCGGGAUCUCCAGCGGCGAGAUAAUGGCCGGCGUGGUGGGUGCUUCCCAGCCGCACUACGACAUCUGGGGUAAUCCCGUCAACAUGGCCUCUAGAAUGGAAUCGACGGGACUGCCUGGACAUAUUCAGGUGACGGAGGAAUCCGCCAAAAUUUUAGAGGAGUUUGACAUUCAGUGCAAUUACCGCGGCUUGACCUUUGUAAAGGGCCGUGGCGAAAUUCCCACCUACUUCGUGGGCAUCGACGAAAACUUAAAAUUCAAAGCCUCUAAUAGAAAUGAUCGGAAUUCGUCAAGGCGAUAUUCAGUUAUGUCUUCUCUUGAUCCAGAUUACCAAGGUUCGUCUUCAAGCAACUUAACAGAAUCAAGCGAAUAGCUUAUACAAUUUUCACAAAAGCUUGAAAAUAUAUAUUUUAUAAAAAACCA